CAAAUCGAUAGUGCCAUCGAUGUUUUUCCACCUCUAAUCCAAAUCUUUCGCAACGAUUGUGCAUACAUACAGUUAUUUAUUAUUGAUGAACUAAACAUAUGUACAUACAUAUGUAAAAUUGUGUUUUAAAGUUAUUUUUUUACUGAUAAUAUGCGACGAAAUGGUCAAUAAUUGUCUUUAACGGAAAUAAGAAUUAAACACUUUAAUAUGGCCACCCAGCAUCAUUAUACCGUUGAAGUCGGUGAUACCAAUUUCACAAUCCUCAGUCGGUACAUUAAGUUAAGGCCAAUUGGAUCUGGAGCCCAAGGAAUCGUUUGUGCUGCUUACGAUACGAUUACCGAACAACACGUCGCAAUUAAAAAGUUAUCUCGACCAUUCCAAAAUGUGACGCAUGCUAAGAGAGCUUAUAGAGAGUUCAAGCUAAUGAAACUUGUGAAUCACAAGAAUAUUAUCGGUUUGCUUAACGCGUUUACGCCUCAGCGCAAUUUAGAGGAAUUCCAAGAUGUUUAUCUUGUAAUGGAGCUGAUGGAUGCUAAUCUAUGCCAAGUGAUUCAAAUGGAUUUGGAUCAUGAUCGAAUGUCGUAUUUGCUUUAUCAAAUGCUAUGCGGAAUCAAGCAUUUGCAUUCCGCUGGAAUUAUACAUAGAGAUUUAAAACCUUCCAAUAUAGUUGUUAAGGCCGACUGUACUCUAAAGAUUCUUGAUUUUGGACUUGCGCGCACAGCGGGUACUACAUUUAUGAUGACUCCCUACGUGGUUACCAGAUACUACAGAGCUCCAGAGGUUAUCUUGGGAAUGGGCUAUACCGAGAAUGUGGACAUUUGGUCUGUUGGUUGCAUUAUGGGUGAAAUGAUUCGCGGUGGUGUUCUCUUCCCCGGUACUGAUCAUAUUGAUCAGUGGAAUAAGAUAAUUGAGCAAUUGGGUACACCAUCGCCAAACUUUAUGCAGAGGCUGCAGCCAACUGUACGCAAUUAUGUUGAAAAUCGUCCAAGAUACACUGGAUAUUCGUUCGAUAGGCUAUUUCCUGAUGGCCUGUUUCCUACUGAUAAUAAUCAAAACAGUCGAAGGAAGGCAGCUGAGGCCAGGGAUCUACUUAGUAAGAUGCUAGUCAUUGAUCCAGAGCUGCGAAUAUCCGUGGACAAAGCUUUAAAGCAUGAGUACAUUAAUGUGUGGUACGAUGCUGAAGAGGUUGAUGCUCCUGCUCCAGAGCCAUAUGAUCAUAGCGUUGAUGAAAGGGAGCACACAGUCGAGCAAUGGAAGGAGUUAAUUUAUGAGGAAGUAAUGGACUAUGAAGCACACAAUACAAGUAAUAUUACCCGGUAGGACAAGAAGUAUUCCUUAAUAAGUCAAUAGCUUAUCAACAAUACAACAAUUUUAUUAAAAAAAUAUAUAGUAAUCACAACUACAAAUAAUAAUAAACAUAAAGUUUAAUGUA